AUGUCCACAAAUGCUACGGCCACCAAAACACCAUCGUGGUUGCAUCGAUUGCAUGUGAAAAAAGGAAUAUCUAUGCCAUCCAACCUACAAAUUGAUAAUCUCAUCUAUGGAGAUGGAUCCCAACCGUCACUAUGCUUUCCUGUACCAACUUCUUCCUCUUGUCAUCAUAAAAACCCUCUUGACAUUGCCAAAAACCAAGUUCAGAAGGCUACUAAGCUCAAAAGGUGCAAACCACCUCGCAAUCCAACAAGACAGAGCCCAAGAUUUAACAGACCUCACCUAUCGCAACCAAAACCACAGCCACAACCCACCACCAUGGUUUCUAAUGUUUCAAGGAUCCCCUCCUUUGAUCCAAUAGAUACAUUGUCCCUUAAUAAGGCUUUUCGCAAGAAAAAGCAAUCGACCAGCAACACAUUGUGCAAUGUUUACUACACCAUCAUGGACGCCAGUAUUGAUAAAUGCAAGGCUACCAAAAAAUCAAUCUGUAGCGAUGACUUUGGGAAGGCCUCUAGCAAAAAUCAUGAGGAGACCUUUGAACAACAUGAUUCCAUCGUAAAGGGAAAGCGAAGGUUUAGUCUCCUCUCCAAGAUGCAAGAAAACUAUGAGAAGAAGGAGAAAGAGGCCACCUUACAGGAAAAGAGCAUUAAAGUCAAGAACAAUUAUAAAAUUGAGUGUAUGACAAGUGCAGCCAAGAAUAGGUGUCGAAGCAUUGAUAUCACUGUCAUUGACACUAGUAUUGAUGGAUGGAAAGCCACCAAAAAACUCACCUAUAGGGGAGAUUUUUGGGAGGUUGCUAACGAAAAAUCGAUGCUGGCCUGUCUGAACAAGAGGAUGCCUAUGAGAAGGAGAAAAUGA